AUGAGGAGCCGGUGGGACGACGACUCGACCACUGCCACGCCGUAUACACUAUCAUCCCAAAGACUUGGUGGAUCUCUUGGUUGCUGCAGUACCUUGGCUUGUUGCUACAUUCUUUGCUGCUAUGUCGUACCCACAAUUGCUUUUGGACUCUUUGUUCAUUACGGAAAGGGCUACCUGGAAAACUACCAGAACAACACUUACGGCAACAACUAUGGCGACGAUGACGCUGGUGGUGGUGAUGAUGAUGAUACAGCGGGUUGGAGAGUCUGGUUAGAAAAUGAAUACCAUAACAUAAUUGCCGAUGAUGACGCCAAUAAUAAUACAGACGAUGAUGAUGACGACGGAAGUAUGAUUGGCAACUACUUUCGCCAAUACAAGGACCAACUGUUUGGCGAUGACGACGGCACCAGUAACGGCACAUCUGAUAUUGCCAGCUACAUUAAAGAGUCCUAUUAUUCCGUAUACUCCAAUUUUGCCGGAGAGGCCACUGACGAUGGUUAUGGCUAUAACGACAACGAUGAUUACAUGGACGACGCUUGGAAUGAAUGA